GCAGCAGAAAAGUAACAGACACAUGGAUUUAGCAGUUAUUUAGUAUAAUUAUAAUAUAUAUUUGAAUAUGAUAUGCUGUAGAAAGCUAAGAAAAGGAAAAGUGAAGAUUUGCGGCUAUAGAAAACCGAAGGCGGACAUACUGAGACAUGUCUCCUGCUGAGAGGCUCAAGGUGCUCCUCUUCUUGGCUCUGUUCUUCGGGGCGACAGGAUUUCUGUUCACACUGCUGUCCUGCGGGACAGAGUACUGGCUGCUGGCAGCCGAGUCCUGCAGCGGGCCGGAGGAAGCCUAUGGAGGAGGUGGCCUGAGAGAGGGCAAGAGCAGCACCGAGGUUAAGGAGGGUGUGAGGAUCUUCCACGAGGGCCUGUUUUGGCGCUGCGCUUUCAUGGCUGUUUUAAAUGAACACUCUAUCUGGGACCUUUGGAUCACAAAUCAGCCCCCAUCAAAGGUCUGCCAUGCCGCUUUCCUCUUCCCGUUUCCUGUUAAUGAGCAAUCAUGGCUGGAGCCACACCGCUUCCCCACACAACCGUAUGAGCAUUCCUCUGCCAUCGUUUUUAGGACCUUCUGGAGCAUCUUCCUCACCACAGGCUUGGCGGCUGUCUUCAUAAGUGUAUUUGUGGUCAUCUGUGCCGGUCCACUGACCAAUUACAGACUCUAUACAGUGGGUGGGGCCCUUCUGCUCUGUGGCGGGCUGUGUCUGCUGGCAGUGAUGGUGAUGUAUCUGAUGUGGGUCCAGGUCCUGGACCCUCUGGAGCAGUUUGCCCACCAUCAGAGAGUCUCCACCUGCCCCUCCUUCCACCUCAGCAUCCAGCUCGGUCCUUCAUUUCUCCUCGCUCCGGUCGCUGUCUUCUUCUGCCUGCUGGCCGGCCUGCUCUUCAUCCUGAUUGGCCGAAGCAUACAGGAGACACAGCUAGAUAAGAUAAAGAAAGUUCCGGUUAAUCAAGUGCCAUGGUGCCAAUAUCACCCAAACUAAAUAUGGCAAAGUGGAUCAGUGGUUUGCACUUCUGCCUCACAUCAAGUUGGCACUGCAGAGUUUGAUCCCCGGUCCAGGCAG